AUGUUGGCUACCAUUGCUAAGAAGAAAUGCAUACAAUAUUCACAGGAAUAUUUGAAAUAUGGUUUUGUGCCAUCGUUUGCUAAUGAAACUAUUUCUAUGUGCUUAUUAUAUGAAAAAACUUUCAGCAAUGAUGCUAUGAAGCUGGCACAAAUGAAAGACCACUUGGAAAGAAUCCAUUCUGAUAAGAAAAACAAAGAUUUUGAGUAUUUCAAAAUACUAAAAGAGAAAUUGAGAGUUCGGCCAAAUUUGAAUACAUAUGUGAAGUCAUCUGCUAGUGUUGAUAGAGAAAGAGGACUGAAGACAUCCUACAGCAUCUCUCUUAAUAUUGCAAAGAAAGGCAAACCGUAUACUAUUGAUGAAGAGAUUAUAAUACCAGCUAUAAAAGAUGUAAUUGAAAAUGUUAUGAAGAAAGACUUUCAACUAGUUUUAAAAUGCAUACCAUUAAGUGCAAAUACUGUGCAACGAUAUAUUGAGGAAAUGGCCAAUGAUGUGGAAAGAACUUUGACCUCUGAGCUCCAGCAUUGUAAGUUUGCUAUUCAACUUGAUGAAUCAACUUUCAGAAGUUCAAAUCUUCUCAUAGCUUAUGUUAAGUUUCAUAGCCUGUACCUGAAUGACACUGUUGAUGAAUUUCUAUUUGCUAAGUAUCUUGAAACUAAUUCAAAAGUAGCUACUGAUGGUGCACCUGCUAUAGUAGGCUAUUACAGAGGAUUUUUCGGUUUUCUGAAGGAAAAGGUUCCUAAAGUGCAUACUGUUCACUGUGUUCUACACAGGCAGCAUUUUAUAGCCAAAAAACUGAGUGACGAACUUCAUGAUACUCUAAAAGUGUGCAUCAGUUACAAUUGUUCAAGCUCAAACAAUCAUAAUGGCCUUUCAAAGAAGACUUUAAAGCAUGUUUCGAAGACUCUGAGAAUAUGCAUGUUCCCGAAUCCAUCUGAUGUAAAAAUAUAUAAUGAAGGUAGAGAACCUGGCUUAGAAGAUGAACUGAGUGGAAUAUGUGUAGAUCUUAAAGCUAAAGCAUUGUUUAAAAAAUAA